CUUUAUAAGUAGAUCGAAGCUCGAAAAAACAACCAGUCAACCUGGGAAUCUUAUCCGGUGAACAUGAAACCUGUGGGUAAAAAAGUGCCUUCUGUCGUGGUGAUCCAAGAGAGACAUGUGCGUCACGGUGAGAACUUCAAGUUGUUCAAGGUGUCUUGCAGACGCAGAAGGGAAUACAUAACGAAAUUCAUGUCAACAAGAAGGGUGACCUACCGUUGCAAGUCCAGGAAAGUCAAGAUAGGCUGCGGGGUAAAGGAGACCUUCUACAAGGGUAGCCCGAUUGCCAUCUCCAGGCUGCUGCAUCUCCAAGGUCUGGACGAUAGGUUUCCAACGUUCGAAGAGUUAAACACCUUAAAUGGGAAACAAACGCAAGGUCUGAUGGGCCCAACGGCAAAGAUGGAUCUUACCAUCGAGAAGAAGUGUACUUCUGACAGCCUUUCCGACUUUCAGCUGAUCUUUGGUUCGGACACCAACGAAGGUGAAGAUUUUGAAUCAGACGAUGAGGAACAGACCACUGUUGAGGUCGUAUUCGACUCUGCGGCACCUUCCAAUUCUAAAGCUGAAGACGAUGCUGAACCUCCAGACAACAACAAAAUGAUAGUCUCCCUGGCCAGAAUGGAAAAAGGCAUCAAACAAAUAAUAAACGCCUUCGAAGCCUCGCAAAACAAAAUGCCAUCCGACAUCUUCAACGAAGACAGACCAAUCGGCGCAGCUCCCACUCCUCGACUCCUGAGGAACCCCUGCGAUCCCAAGCCGUCCCUGUACGUUCCCACAAUCCCCCUUUCAUCGAGAAAGACCCAAGGAGGGGGUUCACGAUCAGCACGGGCUUUCGAAGACAUCCUUCAGUCCACCACGUCAUCUACGGUUAAUGGCAGGCACAGUCAACCCACUAAUCUGCAGAUCCACAUUCCUCCUACUCCUCCUGGCAAUCAGUACGUCUUGAACAGCGGCAGUUUGGGAGGUGGGGGCAAUCAGUUACCUUUCAGGAAUGUUAGCGCUUCCAGGACACUGUGCGGUCUCAUGGAGCCCAGUGGAAGUAUCCCCUUCUUCAGAGUACCUGGUGGCUGUUUUAUGGUUAUCCAUGCAACGAAUCAAACUACCCCGUUUCUUCAUGCUACAUUUGUCACAGGAUGCUCAAAUGCUCUUCAGUUCCAGCAGAUCCAGCUCCCUGUAUAUAAUUCCCAUCAGAUUGUAGCUAUACAUUUAGGACCUUAUCGCCUUUGCAGAGAUGAAAUAAACGGUGUUUUCGCCUUUGCAUGUGGAACCAAAAUAUAUUCACCUUGCAACGCUUCUUCGUGCUUCAAAUGAAGAGAUUGUUAAAAAUCACAUUAUAGUCUGAUUGAUGUUUAAUCUUUUAUGUACCUACCAGUUAAUAUGAGUAAUUAGGUAUUUAGAGUAGAAACUAUUACUAUUAAAAUUGUAUUAUAAUCUCAUCACACACUACCUCUCAUGUAAAAGAAUUUGGAACAUCAAAUGAUGACAAAUAUAGCUUUAUUUUGA